UCUAUGUUUUCUUUCCUUCCUUAAAAUCACUCCUUGCUAAAUAGAGGCUAAAUCCCUAAAUAUUAAAUAGUAUCCGAAUCCAUUUAAAACAAUUAUUAGCCAUUAAUUUUUUGAAAAUAAUCAUUUGCCAUUAUUUUAAUCACUGUGAGUUGGAUUUGGACACAAGCAAAUAAGAUUUACUCUGAUGACGGAAUAGCAAUCCAAGAAAAAGUAAAACACGUGUCCGACGGUGGCUCUAGUUUUUUUGACAGCGAUUGAAGUCAAGAAGAAAAAGGAAAAGUAAUUAGCCUAGUUUCCAUCGGCCAUCGGGAACUGGGAACGCUGAAAGGUCAAUACGUAACGCAGCCAGAAGCGCCUUUCUCUGAUUUCCCUCUCUAGCUUACAUUUUCAACUAGUUUCUGUGCCUUUUUCUUGUCAAAACGACGGAUCAAGGAUCGUUGGCCAGCUCCUAUUUUAUUGAAAUUUCACUUCAUACCGUCUCCGAUGAAGAAUCCGCAAGCGGCUUCAUAGAAUGGCGGAGGACGCAUCAGUCGAGCAGAACCGUAACUAUAGCACCUCAAUCACACAAAUUGGAGAAUAUCAUAACAACAAGAAAUAUGUGGAGCCAGAGUUGUUCAGUUGCUUGCUUCAGCCUGUCCCCGCCGAUUCGGAUCCUGAAUAUAUUGGCAUUCGCCGUCUCCUUCUCUAUCGCAAAGCCCAGUCCGGUUAUGUUCGCCGAAUUGAUUGGAGAUGCAAUGGCAAAGGAUAUGUCAGCUAUCGUAAUUACAUUCGCAGGCCGAGAAAUUGGGAAAGCCAGCAAAUGAGCCUUCAAAGCACUCCAGGGAAUAGUGAGCGAUGGCUUCAAAGUCCAAGUCAACUGUCUCACUUGCUUGAGGCAGAGAGCUGGAGUUCUAGCAGGAACCUAACUGGCAAUGUGGCUUCAACUCACAGAACAAGUUUUAGCUCAACUGCAAGUGAAAAUGAUCGCACACGUCGCCGAGGGGUUGAACCUGCAUAUUCUUUUAUAGGAAUGCAUUGCAUCUUUGAUCAAUGCAAAUCUGCUGUUACGGUUUUAAAGUUUGGGCACAUGAGUUCUGAUCUACUUGCUUAUGGGGCGUCGGAUGGAACCUUGACAGUGUGCUCUGUCUCUGAGCCACCUUCAGUCCGCAAACAAUUGAAGGGGCAUUCAAAAGAUGUCACAGAUUUUGACUUCUCAUCCAACAAUCAGUAUAUUGCAUCGUCAUCGAUGGAUAAAACUGUGAGAGUGUGGGAAUUAUCACAGGGCCUUUGCAUUCGAGUAAUAUAUGGAGUCUCUUCACAAUUGUGCAUUCGUUUUCAUCCUGUAAAUAACAAUUUCCUUUCAGUUGGCAACGAAAACAAGGAAAUCACUGUAUUCAAUUUCAGCACUGGCAGAAUUAUUCAUAAAUUAGUCUUCAAUGCUAAGAUUACCUCUAUGGACCAUGAUCACACUGGUCAGCUAAUCUUCUGUGGGGAUGGACAAGGAUCUGUAUACUGCAUAAGCAUGGACUCACACACGGGUGCCCUAUCACGUAGUCACCGCCAUCGAAGUAGUAGCAAGAGCAACUCCCCGGUGACAACUAUGCAGUACAGAAGUUUCUCUCUGCUGGCAGGAGGCCCGGUGCUACUGACAUGUACUCAAGAUGGAAGUCUUUCUUUUUUUAGCGUGGCCUUGGAAAUACAAGGUUAUCUGACACUUCGUUGUUCGCUCAAAUUGGCUCCACGAUUACAUGGCGCCCAAGCUUCUUUCUGCCCUUUGCUUUCCCUUGAAAAAGGGGAAUUUAUAGUUGCUGGAAGUGAGGAUUCCAAUGUGUAUUUCUAUGAUCUAACACGGCCAAGGCACACGUGUGUGAACAAACUACAGGGUCAUCGAUUUCCAGUCAUUGGCGUUGCCUGGAACCAUGGAGAGAACUUGUUGGCUUCAUCUGAUCUUUACGGCAUUGUUAUUGUAUGGAAGAGAGCAAAGGCAAGUUCAAAUAAACAUACAUGGUGACAUUUCAUACACUUACAUUUCAGAAACGAGAAAGGAAAUUUAGCCCUUCUUAUGUUGCCCUUUUUUGGUUCUCACAUGGUAUUUCACGAUUUAUUUCGUCUCUUGCGCAACAGAGAUAGUUCUGUAUUUAAUUUUUGUACUCACCAAUUCAUUUUCUGGAAGUUAUAAAUAUAGUGGUGAUUUUUUGACAACUAAAGACCCUGUGUAAAAUGUAUGUUCUCUUGAUAAAUUUUGUUGUGUUUGUUUGGUAAAGCAGAGAAAUAGAACACGUAAGGCUGUCAAUCUCUGAUGUAGUUUGGAUAUUCAAAACAAUUUGGGUAAACUGUCGAGCUCGCCAUUCUUUUAAUUA